GCAAGCCGCACGCAGCAUUGCACACGCCGCACCUACGCAAUCAUGUCGGACAUCGAGGAUGAAAUGGACAUUGAUGCCCCCGUCAAGGCAUCCACCGCCGACAUCACCUUCUCCUCCGCCGCAAACAGCAAAGGCAAACGUAGCGCCGCCAACCUGCCUGUGGAAGCAGAGGAUAACCUGCCAUGGGUGGAAAAGUACCGCCCUAAUUCGCUGUCGGACGUGUCAGGUCAUCACGAUAUUCUCGCCACCAUCAACAAGUUCGUCGAUUCGAAUCGGCUGCCCCAUCUGCUGCUCUACGGCCCUCCAGGAACCGGCAAGACGUCCACUGUGCUCGCUUUGGCACGUCGCAUCUAUGGCAACAAGAACAUGCGCCAGAUGGUGCUCGAGCUGAAUGCAUCCGACGAUCGAGGCAUCGACGUUGUGCGGGAACAGAUCAAAACAUUCUCUUCCACCAAGCAGAUUUUCGCGGGCAGCUUCGACAAAACGCAACGAGACGACAGCAGCAUUGCCAACUACAAGCUGAUCAUCCUCGAUGAAGCAGACGCCAUGACGAGCACUGCACAAAUGGCACUUCGGCGGAUCAUGGAGAAGUACACGGCCAAUACUCGCUUUUGCAUUAUUGCCAACUAUACGCACAAGCUCAGCCCAGCACUCUUGUCGCGUUGCACUCGAUUUCGAUUUUCGCCCUUGAAAGACGCCGACAUCCGCCAACUCGUAGAAAAGGUCAUUGCAGAAGAGAAUGUCAACAUUGAAACGACAGCGAUUGAUUCUUUGGUCACAUUGAGCAAAGGUGACAUGCGGCGUGCGCUGAACGUCCUGCAAGCUUGUCACGCUUCAUCGACUCCACUUCAUAUCCCUGGACAGCCAGUGAAAGAGAAUAAGGAUAUUCAGCGAGACCUCAUUACACAGGAAACCAUAUAUGAUUGCAUCGCUGCGCCUCAUCCAGCAGACAUUCAGACUAUCAUGAAGACGCUUCUGAACACAAAGAACGUUGGCAGCUGCAUGAACACAAUCAAUACACUCAAGAAAGCGAAAGGGCUGGCACUGGCUGAUAUCUUGACUGCGUUGGGCGAGCAGCUCAGUGAGGUAGAAGUUCCUGCUCAAACCCGAGUGGCCUGGAUGGAAGGUCUGGCCGAUAUCGAAUACCGUCUUAGUGGCGGUGGCAGCGAGAGCAUUCAGACUGGCGGUCUCAUCGGCACAGUGAGAACCGGAGUGGCCAUCAAGGAUGCGAAGGGCUGAGUGCGGAGCACGCUUCUCUUGCAUCAGGACCAUGGCAGCCUGAUCUAAGACAGGUUUUACAUUUCCACACGGCCUCACGGUAGGGCAUCGUGAGCCACCAUCAACGUUCGCUGUGAGGCGCUUCGAGGACGGGAGUGCCUGGGCUGCGGAAGCCCACCGCAAGGCUGUGCAACGCCUCGCUACUCUUGAUUAGCUUUGAGGACUUUACCUGGUAUAUCAUUCCUCGGGGAGAAAUUGGCUUGCGAAGAGCAAUACGGCAUCAAGCUCGCCAAAUUCCGGCCGGAAUUGCCAACACAGGGUGGAGGUACUCGCCCAGACGACCAGUGAUGGACGACGUACGAAGACACAAUGAGCGCCAGGAUACUCAUUGGCUUUCAUAUGGCACCGCACACAUGACUUGGAAGCACGUUCUAGACAUGCACUUUCAUGCGAGCGACUGACUCUGACCGACUGAACCCUCUCAAGCGCAGCUUCAAGAAUAGCAAUGGCUUUGUAAAAGGCUCAUCGACCAGACCGGAGUCAAUUAUCAAUACAUUUUGUAGUCGAGAAAUCACAUUCGACCUGUGAAAC